AUGUUUUCUUGUAGUGUUGGCCUUGAAGAUUGUUUGGAGGAGAUAGACGCUCAAGAAAUAAAGUCAUUGGCAAUUUACAAGGACGGGAAAAACGACACCUUGUAUUUUCCGGAUAACAAAAAUUUUCCUUAUGAAUCUGCCGGUAGACUCUUACGUAAUGGCCGUCUGGUACAACGUCUACGCAAAAAGGCAGCUUCUCAUGCCAAUGUGCAACUCGAAGAAGGAACGGUGAAGUUUUUGAUAGAAGAAAAAGGAGUGGUUAAGGGAGUGAUAUACAAGAAUAGUGCAGGCGAAGAAAUAACUGCCUUCGCACCUCUCACUGUGGUAUGCGACGGUUGCUACUCGAACCUUCGCCGGUCAGCCGUCCAUAAUAAAGAGGAAGUGCUCUCUUAUUUUGUGGGUUACGUCACGAAGAAUACCCGACUUGAAGAUCCACAUAGUAUGCAUCUGAUUUUUUCUAAACCUUUACCAUGUGUUGUAUAUCAAAUAACAAGCAAUGAGGUUCGUUGUGCUGCCGAGGUUCCUGCUGAUAGCAUUCCUUCUAUAGCAAAUGGCGAAAUGGUUAACUUUCUCAAGAAAACUGUGGCUCCUCAGAUACCAGAUGGAAAUCUCCGUGAGACAUUUUUGAAAGGGGUUGAGGAGGGACUACUAGAAAUAAAAACAACUGCGACUAAGAGUACUAUGUCAGCGAAGCAAGUGUGAUAAGAAAGGAGUGAUUGUGUUGGGAGAUGCAUUCAAUAUGCGUCAUCCUAUAAUCGCUUCAGGGAUGAUGGUUGCACUCUCUGACGUUCUCAUUUUACGCAAUCUUCUCAGGCCAGUGCCUAGCUUUAGCAAUACUAAGAAGUUCGUGGAGCUUGUUAAGUCCUUUUACAUCAUCCGCAAGGUGAGUUCUGACAUUCUAUUUUUUUUUAAUGACGAGCUAUAUAGCAUUGGUUGUUCAUUAAAAUGUGUAAAAGGUCAUGGAUUUAUCAUUUUAUACGCUUGAUUAGCUGAUUAGAUCCUAUUUUUGUUACCAAGUUUUGUUAGUCUAGUCGUAUUACCACCUAUUGGGAACCUUAGUAUAUAAAGAUAUAUGCUAUAACUCGAUGUUAAUAAAAGGAAUAAGUGGGAUUAAGAGAAUGAUAAUUUGUGGAAACUACUGGAAUGGAAUGUGGAAUGAUUUCUCAAAAAAACGUUGAUAUUUUUUUGGAAUUGAAAAGAAUAACAUGGAAUGAGAUGAAAUAUUCAUUCAUUUUUUUUUCAUUCCAACUGGUGAAUAUUUUGUGUAAUAAGAAAAAAUUAAGCAUUCAGUAAGUUUAUAUAUUCCAAAAAAAUGCAUUCUAGUUGCAUUUAUAAUGAAUGCUUCUUUGAUGGAAACUCAUAGAAUGUUCACAUAUAGUUAACUAAGAUUUAUUAUAUAUGACAAUAUCCUUUUAUAUGUGUUGAUCAUAUUGGACGGUAAAGCCAAUGUCUGAACACGCUGGCGCAUGUCUUCUCAGAAGUGCUUGUUGCUAUAACGGACGAAGCAAGAGAGGGAAUGCGAGAAAGCUGCUUUAAUUACCUCUCCAGGACCAGUGGUGGUUUCCGAACAUCCGGAAUGAUGGCUAUUCUUGGAGGCAUGAACCCUCGUCCCCUUAGUCUAGUUUUUCAUCUUGUAUGCAUCACCCUCACCGCCAUGGGCCACUUGCUCUCUCCAUUUCCUUCGCCUCGUCGCUUUUGGCAUAGCCUCAGAGUUUUUGCGUUGGCUUUGAAAAUGUUGGGUGCACAUUUGGGGGAUGAAGGGUUGAAAGAGAUGUUGAUCCCAACAAACGCAGCUUCCUAUCGCAAAAGCUAUAUGACCACGGCCUCCGACUGUUGAUUGAUCAUUCCAAAACCAAGACUAUGUAUUCGGAGACGAAAAUCAGUUAACUCAAACAGUUAAAUUUAAUAUUUAAAUAAAGAACUGGUUAUGGCGAGUCUAUAUCCGGUGGAGCCUUUGAUUAGGCCUUGUUGUUUUGUCUUGUAACCAAACUUGGAUAUGUUUUUUUGCUAAACACCAAACUUGGAUAGUUGGAUAUGUUCCAAGCUGAUUUGUUAUAUUCUAUCUGUUGGUUCUUGAGUU